CCCCAGUUUGCGCCUUGCAAUUGGAAUCACUUUCGAGCAUUCACUUCUUUUGUUGUUCUUUUUGUUUUUCAGUCAACAUCUGAGCCGGUCUCUUCAAUACAGUCUUUGAUCAACUCCACCGGCGAUUGCGCAGCGUCGCCCGCCACCACAUCGGCAGCUACCGUCACUGCUUGCAGCCAUUAUAUCCCCGAGCCCCGAGACCUCACGAGUCGCUCCCAUGCAGUAGCUGCAAUCCUACGGACCCUCUUCUCGUUUCACUUAUCAUUCCUAGCCUGGAGCUCGUUACAAUUAUUAUAGUCGAUUGAACGUCUGGUCACGUUGUUGAAUCGCUGUAAUCACUCAACAUCCAACAGCAACUUAAUCACCGGCACUUUUCGCAGCGGUACCCAUCUUCGCAAGGACGACGUCCGGCGAAUAUUGUCGUCAUUUGCGCGAUCGCAUCCCGCGCUGUUCAGUAAUUCGAUAAGCGACAAUGAUGCCGAGUACAACCAAGAAUGGGGAGCCGUUCUCACCGACCACAAUUCACCCGCUCCUUUCUCCACAAAACCCGCGGGAUAACUUCUCCGCCGUUAACGCCGCCGGUGUGGCAUCGAUAAAUCUCACUCAUCCUGCUCCUCCGCAGCCUCCGCAGACAAGUGUUUACUUGCCCCAAGCCCCCGAAGAUAAUGCAUCAUCGGUAGCAACGACAGACCUAGUCGGUGCGCCCACUGCCUCCGACUCAAUCCUAUCCUUUGCGACACCGGGCGAACCACCUCGGAACAAACAUUCGAAUGUUAUUAGCAACUCAUCUUCGAUUGAAAAUCUUACAGUCCUGCCACAGCUGCCAUCUUUUGGUGAGCACCGCAUCCGGAAGCACCGCAAGAACGCAGCUUCAUUCGAUUCGGCCAUACCCCGCCAGACGAUCCUCAAGGCCCUGCAAUCACGACCACCAACGUCACAGUCGAUCGACAACGUGGUUAUGGAGGGCAGGAAAAGCGCAGCAGAGGGCAAGACCCAGCGCUCAAAGAGCAUUACCCACAAAGCGCUUGCCGAUGCACUUUCUGAGUUCAACUUGAAUUCAGGAGACCUCGCUGUGAGCAAGAUGGCCGCACUUGCAUCGCCAUGCUUCUUCCACAAGAAGUUCGACAAAGCAGUAAACCUCGACAAAGUACUGGAGGAAAUUGCAGACGAUGAUUCAAUAUCGCAUUCGAGGCUCAUGCAAACGGCCUUCAGUGUGCGUGAAGUUUCCAAGCAACUUCAACGCCGACCGAUUAGGAUGACAGUGCGCAAUGUCAUGAUUGUUACCAAAGCGCGCGACAACGCCCUAGUACACUUAACUCGAGAGUUGGCAGAGUGGCUUCUCAUGACCCCACGAUAUGGCUCAGACGUGGGUGUAAAUGUCUACGUGGACCACAAGCUGCAAAGAUCGAAGCGCUUCGAUGCAUCUUCUCUGGUAGCCAAGGACAAGCGUUUCGAGCAAUCGCUCCGCUACUGGACACCAGACCUCUGCUGGGAGACACCAGAAAAGUUCGACCUUGUGCUCACGCUUGGUGGUGACGGCACAGUCCUCUUUACAUCAUGGCUGUUCCAGCGCAUUGUGCCGCCGAUUCUCUCAUUCUCUCUCGGCAGUCUCGGUUUCCUGACAAACUUCCAGUUCGACCAGUACAAGGAAGCGCUCAGCAAGAUUAUGGGCGAUGCCGGCAUGCGCGUCAACCUGCGCAUGCGCUUCACUUGCACAGUCUACAGAUACCAGAAGAAUGCAGCCCCUGGGUCUCCUCAACACAUUGAGGCCGAGCAAUUCGAGGUUCUCAACGAACUGGUCAUUGACCGCGGGCCAUCGCCCUAUGUCUCCAACCUCGAACUGUAUGGCGAUAACAAUCUCCUCACGGUCGUACAAGCAGAUGGCUGCAUCUUCUCAACGCCCACCGGCUCGACAGCAUACUCGCUCUCUGCCGGUGGAUCACUCGUGCAUCCCGAUAUCCCGGCGAUCCUCCUCACCCCAAUCUGUCCACACACCCUCUCCUUCCGCCCCAUGCUAUUGAAUGACAGCAUGGCCCUCCGCAUCGCUGUACCGCUCAAGUCACGCGCAACCGCUUACUGCGCUUUCGACGGCAAGGGCCGCGUCGAGCUCCGCCAGGGUGACCAUGUCACCAUCGCGGCCUCGCAGUACCCCUUCCCCACCGUCCUGUCGCAGCCCACCGAGUGGUUCGACAGUAUCAGCCGUACACUCCGCUGGAAUAACCGCGGCGCUACACAGAAGGCAUGGGAUGGCGACGAGGAAGAGGCCGACGGUGAGGAGGCCGAUGCCGCCUUUGACAUUGAUAUCGACAACGACGAUAUCGAUCGCGACUCUGGGUACAGCGCUGACUCCGACGGUCGUGGCAGUCCGAUGAGGAAGGGCAUCGUGCUGCCCUUCUUGUAAGCGCUUACCAAAGGCUUGCAUUGCGUGGGUUACUAUUGCUCGGUUUGGCGCUGGACAGGCGUUUUGGCACAGCGGUUUCUGUGCGUUUACUAUUCUACUCCAACCACGUUUUGGGUAUCGGCGAGCGCUUUGCUGCUUGGGCGGGUCCCAGUGGUUCUCUAGCCCUGACGGGGCGGAGGUUGUUUGAUCUGUGCGAGGGCAGUGUUGGUUACGGCCGUUGAGCUACAUCCACGAUAUCCUAGACCGCGAUAUAGAUACUUGAUCUAGAAUCCAUGUGAAGCUACUUGCUUCUCGUAUUGUAUGAG